AUUACCUGAAGAAGACUGCUUCUCUCUCUGUAGGAAUAUAUCUGUGGGAUAAACAGCUUUUGGUUUACUUUUGUUGUGUCUUUCAAAAAUUGUAAACUCAAGAAAUCUGAAAUGGCAUCUGAGAGCGAGGAGAAUGGCACGGAAAUGCAACCGGAGGUGGAGGAAACGGCCUAUUCCUUAGCUCGGUUGAAACUCGAGAAUCUGCUGAAUAAGAGCAUGAGGAUUCGUAUGACAGACGGCCGCACGCUGGUGGGGCUUUUCUUAUGUACAGACCGAGACUGUAAUGUCAUCCUGGGAUCUGCACAGGAGUUCCUCAAAUCCACAGACUCUUUCUCACAAGGUGAGCCCAGAGUGUUGGGACUGGCCAUGAUUCCUGGCCAUCAUGUUGUUUCUAUAGAAGUGGAAUCUGAAAGCCUUCAGACAACCACCCAUGGACUCUAACCACUUUAAAGACAUUGGACUCUAAAUAUAGACUGAGACUGGUCAGCAUAUAAAUGUUGUAUCAACAACUACAUAGUCUACUUGAGAUGGGGUUACUUUAAUCCGAAUGGAUAUUGUAUCAAAUAUAAUGACAGCUUGAGUUGUGUAUUUUAUUUGGUUACAAUUCUCUUUGAGAUUGUUUAUGAGCAGUUCUCAUUAUUGACUAUCAUUUUUUCAAUAAGACAGUUGAAGAAGAAUCAUGGCGAUUUUUGUCAUCGCUAUUUUUGUCAUUCUGGUGUUUUGAAAAAUGAAACGUUUUUUUCUUUGUAUUUGUCAUUAAAGUGACAGUGUUUUCAGAAGUCAUACAAGCCAACCUCAAGGAUUUAAAUUGUGUUGUUCACAAAUAAUUAUAAACCAUUAACUGACAUGUCCACACUGCAAACAAAUAUAUAACUGCUUAACAAACCUUUCAUUUACAUGACAAUUUUUUCCUUGACAUGUUUUGACUCAAGAAGUAAUACACACACAUAAUUCAUUUAGCUGAUUUAGCUAUGCGUAAACCUAAGAUUGGUUAUAUCUUAUUUUAGAUUUAGAGGUCGGAAUCACUGCCCAGGUAAAACAGUGGACAUUUAAAAGAAAAAUUAGAUUUCUAUUGUGUGAGUGAUAUCAAGCUAUAAUUAGGUUUAGCUAUAGUAAUGAUAAUUUUAUCAUUUAAUUUAAAAAAAAUACAUAUGAAGAGUUUGUUUCCAAAAGGAGAUAACUCUGUAAUUUUUUUCAUUCCAUGUUUUUAAUUGUGUUAUAUUUUUAUUGUGUUAGUUAGCUGUAUUUUUUGAGUGGCUUUACA